UUCGAAACAAAUCUAGGGUUCUGAGGCUUCGUUCUCUCUUCAGGUCAAAAGAUGCCUCGGUAUGAUGACCGCUAUGGUGGAACUCGUCUCUACGUGGGACGCUUGUCCUCGAGGACGAGGUCGCGUGAUCUUGACGACCUCUUUAGCAGAUAUGGAAGGUUUCUUGGCUUUUGCCUAACCUGGAGGUCUAUGGUGAGAGGGUGAACCUUGGUGGAUUUGGCAAGUCUUUCUAUAAUGUUAUUGCGUGUUUUUAUGGAAAUGGCAACAUCUCAAAGUGGUGUUUAGUUCAUCUGUGAGGGCGAAGUGUCCACCCUUCGAUACUUGUGUCUUGAUGGCCUUACUGUUUCUGGCACCCGUUUACGCAGAGUACGCGAUGUGGAUAUGAAGCGCGACUUCGCCUUUGUUGUAUGUAUUUCGGUUCUUUGUCCUAUUCUCUCACUCAUCUUUUUUCUCAUGCAUGUGGUUCAUUCACAUCACUCCUUUUGCAAGAAUGAUCUUCUCUAUGUUCUUCCUUUCAAUUGCUGCUUAUCCCAGGAAUUUAGUGACCCACGAGAUGCUGAAGAUGCAGUAUAUGGUCUGAAUGGCCGGGACAUUGAUGGAAGCCGCCUCAUUGUAGAAUUUGCGAAGGGGGGGCCACGUGGUCCUAGUGGAUCUCGUGAGUAUCUUGGGAGAGGUCCUCCUCCUGGAUCAGGGCGCUGCUUUAAUUGUGGAAUUGAUGGCCAUUGGGCGCGAGAUUGCAAGGCUGGGGACUGGAAGAAUAAGUGUUAUCGCUGUGGAGAAAGAGGCCACAUAGAAAGGAAUUGUAAGAAUAGUCCUAAGAAACUUAGACGUGGGCGGAGUUACUCAAGGUCACCAAGUCCUCGACAUGGCAAAAGUCGUAGUUACAGUAGGGAGCGUAGUUACAGUCGAUCUAGAUCGCCUCUGAAGAGAGAGAGAAGCCUUGAGCGAGUUGAAAGAAAAUCAAGGAGCCCUCGUGACAGCCGAAGCCCUAAGUGGCAUAGGAGUUCACCACCACCAUCUAAAGGGAGGAAGCAUAGUCCUACACCUGAUGAGAGGAGCCCAGAAGAACGAGGUAGCCCAUCCCAAAGGGAUGGCAGGCAGGCCAAUGGGUCUGAUUACAGUGGCAGUCCCAGGGGAAAGAGCAGAAGCCCUAUCAAUGAUGCUGAUGGAGAGGCCCUCCGGGAGCGGAGUUAUAGGAGCCCUGCUGAAGAAAAUGGCCAGAGUCACAGCCCUAGUCCUAUCCGUAGGGACGACAGGAGCCCCGUUGAUGAUGAUGAUAAUCAUGGUUCUCCGAGGGGCAGUGAGUCAAACUAAAAGAAUUUUUAUGUGGCGAAAGUCAACUUAAAACCUAUGUUUGCUAAAGGUUUCUUCUGCUUUGUACGGAUAGCACUUGUAUCGAAUAUUGUUACGUGUUUGAGAUUUUCUGUAUUUUUUUUUUUUAAUUUUUCUGGAGAGGUACUAUUUUGAACAUUUCCAGUGAUCUUAACUGUACCAUGUCACCACAAUUUGGCUUC